AUGGACGACACAAGCGAGGCGUUGUCGAUAUCGUCGACCUUGUCGCCAUCAACACCGUCGACACCGUCGACACCGUCGACAAUAACAGACACAUGGACGACAGCCGCUGUAGCGCCGACGACGGCGUCGUCCACAGUCGACACAGUCGACACAGUCGACACAGCAACAAACAGCACGUUGCGGCCCAUGCAGACAGCCUUUGAACAGCCCGCCAGCUGCACGGGUCACUUCUCCACCACAUCGUACCUCUACUACAACACGGCCAACUUCGACUACACACACGUCACGCUCGCGAUUUCAGACACGCGCCAUCCGCAGUUUGCGACGUGCCAGCCGCCAGGAUGGGACACGGUCGUCCCGCGCCACCGCUUCGUCUUCAGUCCCGGCGUCUGCCCGCAGGCAUGGACCGCAUACGAUCUGUCGGCCACCACGACGCGCUACGAGACGACCGUGUCCAGUGCCUACUGCUGCUCCAGCGGCUUCACGCUGUCGUUCGACUACCCCUACCAGACGCACAGCACCAGCGCCAUCUACACCAGCGACGACAGCGGCGCGUACUACACGCUGUACCCGGGGCCCAUCAGCGGGUACCAAGGGCCGGGCUGCUACCGACAGGUGCCGGUAACGCCAGGGACGACGACGACGGCAACGACAACGACGACGACAACGACAACGGCACGCGCUGACACGGCGACGCCCUCCGUGUCGCUCGAGAUGCAUCUCCCGUACAGCGUGCAGUGGAAGGCCGGCGACACCAAGCACAUGUCGCCGACGCCGCCGCCGGUGCCCUGCACCUACAGCCUGUACGCGUGGACGCCGGGGGCCCCGCUGCUCGGGACCAGCGACGCCACCUACGACGCCGGCGGCAGCCUCGUCGUCGCCAGUACGAAAGGCGGCAGGUUUGGAUUCAACCAUGUUCCGACGACCAGCAACGCGCCCGUCAACACCGACUGCCCGCUCGUCGAGGGCGUCGGCAAGGGCGUCAACCACGGCUACGCGGCGGUCAUGUACUUUGUCAUGAUUGGCAUUCCCCUCAUUGCCGCCGCCUUCAUUUCGUGCUGCACGUUUCUGUGUGUGCGCGGGCACCGCCGCAACAAACGGGACAAGCGCCAGCUGGAGGAGCGGGCGGCGCAGGAGAAGCGGGAGGUGGAGCAGGCGAUUGCACAAUCGUUGAUCGAGGCAAAAGCGCCUGCACAGAACGAGACAGCUGCCGCUGCGGGGGCCGCCGAGGGCGUGGCAGGCCCGUCUGGGACGAAAUGA